AUGACUGAGGGUAUCUUCUCACCCACUGCAGAGGAGAUUGCGACGCUUUACUCCGUGCCGAGCAUAGCAGCUUUUGAUCUCGAUGUCGAAAAGGGUCCUGACGACCCGGAUGGGCCCUCCAACCCGGCCAGAAGCUUGACCAAACGGGAGCUGCGAGUCCAGCGUACGGCAUUCACACUGGUGGUAUUGGGACUCAACACUGCCUGCAUCGUUGCGAGUGCCACUGGUAACUCUGGAGCUUGGGUACUGGCCGUUAUUCUGUUCUUCAAGGCCAAAGACUUUCUAUCUGUUUGGGUGCAGAUCUUCUGUCGCCUGCACUCUCGUGUGAAGCGGAUUUGGUGGCCAACCGAGGCUUCAACCAAGGCUUCCUGGAUCUUGAGCCUCAUUCCGGCAUACUCAGAAUCAGAAGAACAGAUUGUGAAGACCUUGUUCUCUCUCAGAGACAACGGCACGGGCGGUCAUCGGCAGGUGAUGUGCAUAGUACUAGAUGGUAAACAUCGGCCCAUCAAAUCGCAUAUGACAAGAGUCGUUGCCUCGUUCUCUCGGAAGUACGUUUCUCUAAAAUGGAAGAUCGCAACCCUACAGAUCGACGCUGGCUUUGUCGACGACAUACCGACUCUAUGCAUCGAGAAGAGCCCAAACGCCGGCAAGAAAGACUCACUGAUUUUAUGCCACGAUUUAUUCAACUACCCUCGUGAGAAUAUGCAUGCUGGUGUCCGAGCUCUGCGAGAAGAGCUCUGGACUUCUGUACUCCCAGAGUUAACGGGGAAUGAUGACUUUCCAGGCUUUGAUCUCGUGUUCUGCACAGACGCCGAUAGCACCAUACACAAAGGGGCCCUGAGAAAGCUGGCAGAUGCCUGUCUCGCUGAUACGAAUGCCAUUGCAGCUUGUGGCUUUGUGUUUGUAGAGUAUGAGCCUGGAUUGGAAUGGUCGGUCUGGAAUCUGUAUCAACAAUUCCAGUACUGCUUUGGGCAGAUUGUCCGUCGAGGAGCCGAGCAUUACAAUGGCAAGGUCACCUGCUUGCCCGGAUGUAUCACUAUGAUUGUGGUGCGAAGAGAGAYGGCUGGAGCGAUCGAGAAAUACGCCGAGCCUGUCACCAGCCUCCCCGUCUUGCGGCAUCAAGUCCAAUACCUGGGAACCGAUCGACGCUUGACCUACUGCAUGCUAUCUCAAGCACCGUAUCUACACACCCUCUUCGUACCAGAAGCAGGGAGUGAGACAGUAGCACCACAAAGCCUGAAGCACUACCUCAGUCAGAGGAGGAGAUGGGGUAGCAACGCGUAUGCAAACAACUUCUUCUACUUUGCAGGCCGAAACAUGAACACCGUGACCCGGAUUGGAGCUGCGAUGGAGAUUCUUCGCCUCACAAUGGUCUAUUUCCGGGUUUUCAACACGGCCCUCUUCCUCAAAGGCGUCAUCACACACUUCGACAUCAUACAGCUCCUACCUCUGAUCUUCGUAUCUUUCACACCCAGCUUCUGGUUUGCGUUCGCCGUCAUAUUCCUCAAUGAUCAUCUACGCGAUAAAUUGUUCAAAUUGGCAUGCGGAUUUUGCAUCAAUCGAUGUAUAAGUCCGUUUAUGAGUGUCACAAUCUUCAGCCUAGUGGCAAGGAAUCUGGGUAGUCAAGUCUGGGGUAUCAGUGGAGUGACGGCUGGUGCUCCGGUAACGUGUGCUGUCGCGAUACAGGUUGUGGAUGAGGAGGCUGUGGCGGAAGUGGAGGCGGAAGAAAAUGAGAAGUCUGUACUUUAG